AUGUCAUCGUCGCCGCCGACGUCUUCCGAUUUCCCUUCCUCUCAUUCUCCCUCCCCUUUAGCUUCAUCGUACUUGUUAGCGUCACGGCUAAAUUCAUUGUCGGAUGAUGAUGAAGUUGCCUCCUUACCGUCAGUUUCCGCAUCUGAUUCCUCCCUCGAGGGGGACUUCAGCGAUGGGGAUGACGAGUCAGAUGCAGAGAGGGAGUGGAAAGAAAGUAUACAACAGCUGGAGUUGCUUCUGACUAUGGUGAUUAUACCGUUUGCUGGCAAAUUCCUUGGAAGAAAGUGUGCUUAUUGGGGAUGGGCAAAAAUGAUGGAAUGGAAAUACCCGGUUGAGAUUGUGGUGCAGAAUAAAGCCGUUGCCCGCGGCGCUGGAGUUAUCGAAACUGCGGCUUCGUUGUGACAAUAUUGAGAUAUGACAUGAAUUAAAUAUUAAUAUAUGACAAGAUACCAUAGAUCUGUAUACAAAAUGUUCCACC